AUGACGACGGAGCAACAGCAACAGCAACAGCAACAACCACCGCCACCACAGCCGCCGCCAACAAGGCCAGUUCGGAGAUUAGUUGUGGAUGUUGUGGAGGCGCGUGAUCUGCUUCCGAAAGACGGAUUAGGUAGUUCAAGUGCUUAUGUUGUUGCGGAUUUUGAUGGUCAGAAGAAGAGGACGUCGACGAUUUCAAGGAGCUUGAAUCCUGUAUGGAAUGAGAGCUUGGAAUUUGUGGUUUCCGAUCCGAGCACGAUGGAAUAUGAAGAGUUAGAGAUAGAGGUGUUCAAUGACAAAAGAUUGAGCAAUGGCAGCGCUAGGAAGAAUCAUUUUCUAGGGCGAGUGAAGUUGUAUGGAAGUCAGUUUGCCAGGAAAGGGGAUGAAGGUUUGAUUUAUUUUCAAUUGGAGAAGAAGAGUGUUUUUAGUUGGAUUAGAGGUGAGAUUGGUUUGAGGAUUUACUACUAUGAUGAUCUGGAAGUAGUCGCCGAUCAGGAGCCGAAUAAUGACAAUUCUCAACCGCCACCGUGUGAGAAGGAGGCGCCACCACAACAGCAGCAGCAGCAGCAGGAAGGGAGGCAACAAGAGGAUGUAAGAAUGGAAGGUCCUGCUCCGACAGAGGUUGUCAUGGAGAAUUCACAACCACCGCCGAUGGCUACAGGGGAGGAAGCUCCACCGGCGGUGACAGUACACAUGGAAAAUCAUCAUAAUCAGCAACACCAAGGGAUUCAUCCUCCAUUUCAUCCGGAAUAUCCCCCGGAAAUUAGGAGAAUGCAGGCAAGCAGAGUUGGAGUAGCAACCGGAGGAGGCGACCGAGUUAGAGUUUUGAAACGCCCCGAUAAUGGAGAUUACUCGCCACGAGUGAUACCGAGACGAUCUGCAAAUGGAGAAUCUGAGAGAAUUCCGGCGUACGACUUGGUUGAGCCGAUGCAAUAUUUGUUCGUAAGGAUCGUCAAAGCUCGUGGACUCUCACAGCACGAAAGCCCCUAUGUAAGAAUCGGUAGUUCCGUCCGAUCAAAGCCAGGGAUCCCAAAACCAGGUGAGCCACCUUCAAACCCAGAGUGGCACCAGGUAUUUGCUCUCGCAUACAACAAGCCGGAAUCCGCCGAUUCCUCGACUCUCGAGAUCUCAAUUUGGGAUGCACAAUCGGAGAAUUUCCUCGGCGGUGUAUGCUUCGAUCUCUCCGACGUUCCUGUUCGCGAUCCACCAGACAGUCCGCUUGCUCCGCAGUGGUACCGCCUCGAAGGCGGCGACGAUCCUAACGCCGCCGGAAAAGUUUCCGGGGACAUACAACUCUCUGUUUGGAUCGGAACUCAAGCCGACGACGCAUUCCCGGAAUCAUGGAGCUCAGACGCACCAUACGUUUCACACACUAGAUCAAAGGUUUAUCAAUCGCCUAAGCUAUGGUACCUUCGAGUUACAAUAAUGGAAGCUCAGGACCUCCAGAUUGCCUCAAAUCUUCCUCCAUUAACAGCGCCGGAGGUUCGAGUCAAAGCACAGCUAGGGUUUCAGUCCGUAAGAACAAAAAGAGGGGUAAUGAACAAUCACACGGCGUCGUUUCACUGGAAUGAAGACUUGGUGUUCGUCGCCGGGGAACCACUAGAAGAUAGCUUGAUCUUACUCCUAGAGGACAGAACGGGGAAUGAUCCAGUGCUGCUAGGACACGUCUUGAUCCCUGUAGCUGCAAUUGAGCAACGAAUAGAUGAACGCCACGUGGCAUCUCGGUGGGUGUCGUUGGAGGGUGGUCCAGGAGGAUCAUAUUGUGGUAGAAUUCAUUUAAGAAUGUGCUUGGAAGGUGGUUAUCACGUGCUGGAUGAGGCAGCGCACGUGUGUAGUGACUUUCGCCCAACCGCAAAGCAACUAUGGAAACCGGCUGUCGGAAUUUUAGAACUUGGAAUUCUCGGAGCUCGUGGGCUUCUUCCGAUGAAGUCUCGGGGAGGCGGAAAAGGGUCUACAGAUCCUUAUUGUGUAGCAAAAUACGGAAAAAAGUGGGUCCGAACCCGAACCAUAACAGACAGUUUUGAUCCCCGAUGGAACGAACAGUACACGUGGCAAGUCUACGACCCGUGUACUGUCCUCACCAUCGGAGUCUUUGACAAUUGGCGCAUGUUUGCGGACAUGGUAGAAGAAAAACCUGAUUUCCGGAUCGGAAAAGUUCGAAUACGGGUAUCCACAUUAGAAAGCAACAAAGUGUACACCAACUCAUACCCGUUGCUAGUUUUACAACGCACCGGGUUGAAAAAAAUGGGCGAAAUCGAGGUAGCAGUACGAUUUGCCUGCCCGUCAUUGUUGCCCGACACAUGUGCGGUGUACGGGCAGCCUUUGUUGCCACGAAUGCAUUACUUGCGGCCACUUGGAGUGGCCCAACAAGAAGCAUUACGUGGCGCAGCCACUAAAAUGGUGGCGGCCUGGCUGGCAAGGUCAGAGCCGCCAUUAGGUGCAGAAGUUGUUAGAUACAUGUUAGAUGCGGAUUCCCAUGCUUGGAGCAUGCGAAAAAGUAAAGCAAAUUGGUUUCGGAUUGUGGGGGUGCUUGCGUGGGCGGUUGGACUGGCGAAAUGGUUAGAUAAUAUUAGGAGGUGGAGGAAUCCGGUUACAACAGUUCUAGUCCAUUUGUUAUAUUUGGUUCUUGUUUGGUACCCAGAUUUGAUAGUUCCAACUGGGUUCUUAUACGUUUGUUUGAUCGGAAUCUGGUAUUACAAAUUCCGACCAAAAAGUCCAGCAGGUAUGGACAUUCGUCUCUCUCAAGCAGAGACUGUUGACCCUGAUGACUUGGACGAGGAAUUCGACUCGUUUCCAAGUUCAAGGCCGCCCGAGCUAAUACGUGCCCGAUAUGACCGGUUAAGAAUGUUGGCUGCCCGGGUCCAGACCGUGUUGGGUGAUUUUGCAACACAAGGAGAAAGGGUUCAAGCCUUGGUGAGUUGGAGGGACCCAAGGGCUACAAAAUUGUUCAUUGGGAUUUGUCUUAUGAUCACGGUGGUGCUAUAUGUGGUGCCACCCAAGAUGGCGGCGGUGGCUCUUGGAUUUUACUUUUUGCGACACCCUAUGUUCAGGGAACCAAUGCCGCCGGCUAGUUUGAAUUUCUUUAGAAGGCUUCCUAGUUUAUCUGAUAGGCUAAUGUAG